CUCCUCUGCGACGCUGACACACAACGACCGCGCGAGCAAUGGACUGGUUCAAGACCCUCUUCGGCUUCAGGGAGAAGGGUUUGGCCUACGACGAGAUCCAAGCCAAGUUCGAGAUCGUCAACGAAACGCAGUUGCGCAGCGUCACCAACGACAAAGCGUACGACAUUGGCACGUUCGAGUGCCUAUCGCUGGCAACGCUUCGUGACCAUGCCAUGUGCGUCGGGCGUCUCGGGCAACUCCGCGUUACCCACGUCGCGUCCAAAGACGUGUUCCUACUGCACUGUGACCCACUACAUCGAAACGCGACGUUCCAGGCUGCUUCCCAGUUCAAUUGCCUCGAAUUUGCCCAUCCGCGAGCUCGGCCAGAGGACGGAGUCACCAUUUACGCACGCGAUAUGACUCAAGGGCCAGCGUGCGCCAUCGCAGCUGGUCCGGGCACGGUUUUCCGCAACUACUUUGCAUCGCCAGACGCCGAUUUGCAAGGACAAAGAGCAACGAGCCAGAUCAACAAUCUCGACGAUGUCGAAGUCAUUCUUGACAAUGAGCGGCAUCAGUAUUUCCACGUCGUCAACGGCUAUACGGACGCCACGAAUGCGAGUCUACAACGACUCAACGAUGUGCUCGAGACCGCCGACAACAAUGACCUUGAGGAUGCGCUGAAAGUCGGUGUCCACUGGAACGUUGAAGUGCCUUUCAAAGCGCGGUACCACCCAACCAGCCCCAGCAGCGACAAACAGCUCGUCACCCAAGUGUACUGCUCGGCCAUUUCGUGUGGUUACUCGUACGCUUCGACGACUGCGUGGGCGCCUUUUGCCAGUCUCGUGCUUCGCGCUAGCUAUGAGGCGACCCUGUGGGCUGCUAUCAUCAAUGCCUCAACCACCGGAUCGAACAGAGUAUUUCUCACUGUUCUCGGCGGUGGCGUUUUUGGAAACAAGACUACGUGGAUUCUCGAUGCAAUCGCUGCCGCCGUCGCCAAGUGCCACGCAUUUGACCUCGACGUUGUUGUCGUACAUUACCUAAAGGUCGACAAAGCACUCGUGACAGCGCUAGACAAAUUGUUGCCGAUACCCGAUAUGUCUGAGGUGUUCGCAAGCACCUAGACAGCGUCGUUGAUACUCAAAAAUCUACUGGAAGAUAAACAUGAGCGCAUGAAUUGAGUUUUAUCGUA